AACAACGAAGCGCUUCCCGAGUUCGGGGGUCGGCGGAAGAUGGCGGCCGCCGAAAGGGGUUGGUGCUUGCGCGAGUUAUUGAGGUGUUUUCAUUCAUUAUUCUUCCCUGGGCUAAUUGUAUGUGGAGUUUUAUGUGUGUGUUUACUCAUUGUCCUUUGGGGAAUCAGACUGCUGCUACAGAGAAAGAAAAAGUCGGGCUCAGCUAGCAAAACUGGGAAAAAUCAAACGGUGAUUGCAUUUUUCCAUCCCUACUGCAACGCUGGCGGAGGAGGAGAAAGAGUGUUAUGGUGUGCCUUAAGGGCUCUACAGAAAAAGUAUCCUGAAGCAGUUUAUGUUGUUUAUACUGGUGAUGCUGAUGUCAGUGGUCAACAGAUACUGGAAGGUGCUUUCAGAAGAUUUAACAUCAGAUUAACUUGCCCAGUGAAGUUUGUUUUAUUAAGGAAGCGCUACCUUGUGGAAGAUUCACUCUAUCCUCAUUUCACCCUGCUGGGCCAAAGUCUGGGAUCCAUUUUUCUUGGCUGGGAAGCUCUGAUGCAGUGUGUUCCCGAUGUUUACAUCGAUUCGAUGGGCUACGCUUUCACUCUUCCUCUGUUUAAGUAUUUAGGCGGUUGCCGAGUUGGAAGCUAUGUUCAUUAUCCCACCAUCAGCACUGACAUGCUCUCUGUAGUGAAGAAUCAAAAUGUCGGAUUUAACAAUGCAGCCUUCAUCACCAGGAAUCCUUUUCUCAGCAAAGUAAAGCUUAUCUACUACUAUUUAUUUGCUUUUAUAUAUGGGCUUGCUGGUUCUUGCAGUGAUGUCGUCAUGGUCAAUUCUUCUUGGACGCUAAACCAUAUCCUCUCACUGUGGAAGGUUGGGAAUUGCACUAAUAUUGUUUAUCCACCUUGUGAUGUGCAGACGUUUCUGGACAUUCCCUUACACAAGAAGAAGACAACCUCAGGACAUUUACUGGUUUCGAUUGGCCAGUUCAGGCCUGAAAAGAAUCAUCCUUUGCAGAUCAGAGCCUUUGCUAAAUUGCUGAAUAAAAAGGAGGCUGAGUCACUUCCUCCACUUAAACUUGUCCUCAUUGGAGGUUGUCGUAACCAAGACGAUGAACUUAGGGUAAACCAACUGAGAAGGCUUUCUGAGGACCUAGGAGUUCAAGAAGACGUGGAAUUUAAAAUAAACAUUCCAUUUGAUGAAUUAAAGAAUUACUUGUCUGAAGCAACAGUUGGUCUGCAUACCAUGUGGAACGAGCAUUUUGGGAUUGGAAUUGUUGAGUGUAUGGCAGCCGGCACGACUGUCCUUGCACACAAUUCAGGGGGCCCGAAGCUCGACAUUGUCGUUCCUCACCAAGGCGAGAGAACUGGGUUUCUGGCUGAAAGUGAAGAAGACUAUGCUGAGACUAUGGCCCAUAUUCUUUCCAUGUCUGCAGAAAAGAGACUCCAAAUCAGGAACAAUGCUCGUGCAUCCGUAAGCAGAUUCUCCGAUCAGGAGUUUGAAGUGACAUUCCUAAUGUCUGUGGAAAAAUUAUUUCAAUAAUUCCAUACCUGUACAAACUAAAGAUAUUUUAUAUAAAAUGGUUAGAUACCUUCAUAUGUUAAUAUUUUUCUAAACUCAUUCCCUAUUGUAAUAAAGUUAGUCUAAGCAAGGCCCUUAGCAGUAUGUAUAUAACCAAGGUAUUUAUUUCAGUGGAACCAGGCAAAAUUACCUAAAUGGAAAAGGUAACCUUAUAUAGUUUAAAUAUAAAAAUUUUAGAGCAGUGUUUGGUCUCAAAUUCUGAAAAAUAUGGGUCUGAAAGAAAAAAAUGAACAAUCUUAAUUUUGGUAUAAUCCGUGUUUUUAAAAUCCUAUUUAUCAAAUCACUUUACUUUAGAAAUCAGGAAAGAGAAUUUCCUUUUAGAAAAAAGGAAAUAUUGGGGGAAAAAAUGGGUGAUUGAUAAUUGAUUAGUACUUCAGAAUUAUUUUGACAUUUUUGGAACACAGAAAAAUUCUGGUAUGUUUAAAUUCAAGCAGUAUUGUGGAUAAAAUUUUUGAAUCUAUCUAAUGAUCCUCUUAAAAGAACAAAAACUUUAAGCAGACUUAAUCAUGUUCUAAAAGCAUGUAGUCAAAAGACAGGCUCACUGUGAUUGCUCUAUGUGUGUGCGUGGGCAUGUAGAGACCAGGGUACUGCCAGUAAUCCUAUCCAUUAACUAGGUAUUUGUGAAAAUAGUUUUAUGUUUAGUGCCGUCAGUACAUUUUUAUGGACCUCUCAUUAUCCCUUAACAUUUUCACAUCCCAGAGGCUGUAAGUCAGCUUUUUGAAGUCAUUCAAGAGGUCUGAGUCAGAACAUCGCGGUAAGUUGUUUUUCUGAUAUUGAAGAUAUAAUAUUUGGAUCCAUCCGCAUGGUCUCUGUAAUCAGCAUCAUGCAUUGUAAGAUAGUGAGUGGCAUUUUGAAAAGAGCACUGGACUAGCAGGUGGAAAAGCUGGACCUGACCUCAGCUUCAUCAUUUACAAACAUCUGACCUUUUGACACUAGAGCUGUUCUCUAAUCUUUCUGAGUGUCACCUUCUUUCUCUGUAACCUGGAGAUGGUAAUGGCUGUCCUCACUGCCUUUCAUAGUUGUAAUGAAAACAGGGAACACAGAAAGUAUGUGAAAGUACUUUGAAAAUUAUAAAAGUUACUUUAAAGGUAACAAUAUAUAGUAAAUGUCUUCUAGAAUCCUAUCUUUAUCAAUGCAUUACAAUCCUAUGUAGAUUCUUGUUACUAAGCCAGUAACUAGGAAUCAGUAUAAUUUAACAGGACUCCUAUCCUGAAUAACUAGCAUGGAAAAGUGAAUAUAUAUAUAUGCAGAUAUGGCUGUUGAGACUAUAACUUUUGGCAUUUUCUGCAUACAUAAUCAGUUCCUUCUAGUUCAGUAAAUUGACCUCCUCCACAGUCUGAUACACCUUUGUGUUAGGGGCAUGUGAAAGAGGUACAUUUUUCCUUUCCAGUCUCCUCUCGUCCAUUCAUCAAUCCAACCAGCUUCGUUAUCUGCUUCCAGUUACAUUAUUGAUUCAUCUGCAGGCCAUCUUCUGUCAUCAGAUCAAAAAGCACCAAAACAAAGUCCCAGGAUGUUCUGACACACCAGAGUAGCUUUGUGUUGGAGAGUAUUCAAUUUAGAAAAGAAAAACUGGUGGAAAUUGGAGCUGGAAGGAGCCCUACAAAUUCUCUAGUCCAAUUUUCUCUUAUUUUCAACUUUACAGACAGGAACAAUUUAAAGAACUUUGAUUCUGUCAGUAUCACAAAGUUGUUUAAUGACAAAAUCAGGAUUACCACCCGGGGGUCCUGACCCCCAGCCCGGUGCUUUUCCUUAUCUUAUAGCUAGUCUUUGAGGUAAGAUUCACUACCAUUGCCCACUCAGCCUACCCACCUACCCAAAGAAAAUCAUGGGACUGAAGAUGAAGAGAUUGAAAUAGACAGAGCAAAAGUAGAGGAUAUUGGAAAGGAAGAAAGGAUUCUGAAAUUCCACAAAACGUGUUUUAAGCUAAUUUCUUCAAAAUGAUUUUCAUUUAUCACAAACCUAUCAUUAGAAAAUUUGCAUAUAUGUUUCCUUUCAGUGUUCCUAAUGCGGUGUUAAAUGUUUGUUUGUUUCUGAAUACUUGAUACCAUGAAGAAUGUCAAAGCAAUAUGUCAGCUACUGUCUGCCUGGAGAAAUUGAGUGACUAUUAAUUCCUGUAAGACGCUGCUUUUGAGUGGUCCAAACAUGCUGUUUUGAACCUACAGCAGUGGUGAUUCACAUUCUUAUUUCCAGUUGUGCAUAACAAACUACAUGUUACAUGUUCUUUGUAUAGUAAUUAUUUGUAUCUAAAUAUGAUUUAGAUUUAAUAGGUACAAAGUCUAUAUCUAAAUAAGAUCUAAAGAAGUGGUUUUAUUAUCUUAGAUGCUUUUCCCAGUUCAGUGCCUUUAUACCCCUCAUGUAGUCUCCCAAUUCUGAAUUAUUAUCUACUGCUAAUAUUCCCAAGCUCCACAUGCCAAGAAUUUUUUUUAAAGAAAGAAAAAAAGUUUUUAAAGGCAAAAUAAAACUGUUUUGCCUCUUGUACCCAAGAAUAGGUUGUCAGGUUUAAUAGAUUUUUUUAAAUGAAUUCAGACAUAUAAAAUACUACAGAGCUUCAUACACUUUAAUAAUUUUCAGGGUAUUUUACAAAGUCAUAUUCCAGACAAAAUUAUGAGAUAGGGGCCAGUGUGAUUAUCAGUGCUUUCAGAAUAUUUGUGUAUUUAAUUAUGUAAAUGUACCCUAGAGUCCAGAACUAUGAUAUGAAUAAAUAAAUGAAGGUGUGUCUGCUAAA